UCGUGGCUGUCACAUGUUGCCGUGUUUUGAAAGUUUUGCAAGUGAAUUUUAGUUUAUUUUCUGAGUUAAAGCAACAAAAUGAAUGGCUUAACACUAAGAAUAACUGGAGGUGGAAGUAAGAAACACAAGAAUAUAAACAGCGCAAUAAAUUCUGUUGAAUUUACGCCAGAUUUUCAACAUAGUUUUGAAGAUGACUCUGUAUUCAAAAGUUUUAUGUCUUCAACUUCUGCUGAAGAACAGAUGACGAAGCUUAAAAAUAUAAUAAAUGAUGCUAAAGAGCUCACUGAUACUGCGAUCAGAUUUUUCGUUGGAGUAUUUAUUCAAGCUCCUGCAAAACAUCCGAUAAAAUGCUUCUUGACAAGACAAAUAACAAGAAGCAAAGACUUGCACAAAGCAUUCACUGCACAGCUAGCGUCAGAAAUACAAGUCCUAACUUCUGACUUGCCUGACGACUACACAAAGUAUGUUGGAGUUAUCACAACUCUGUUCACAUGCAUAGAGAACUUCCCACCGGGGGCUGAUGCUGUGAGGAGUGAAGAGUUGACAGUUGCGGAGUACCUGAGUGGAGCUUUAAAGUGCUGUGUGGAGACUUUGGUUGGCUCUGGUGAUAGCCAGUCACGAGCAUUAUCUCCAACUGAAAAGAAUGAAAUAUUCAACUUAGCACAUUUCACACUGCGCCUGCUUCUGUAUGUAGUGCAGAAAGUAUCACCAGCCAACAAAUCCAAGUUGAUCUCUAUGUUCAAGAGCAUAAGAGCUAGUAUCAAACACUUGAUGUUUGAGGAUGAUGUGCCUAUGGAUACUAAGUCUCUAUCAGGCAUAGUGAUAUUGACUAUGUAUGUCUGUGAGAUUGGAGAAGAUUCUUGGAUUCAUAUAUUACAAAGUGACACACCUAACGAUCUACAAGUAUAUCUUCAGAGUGAUGCGGGUGAAUUGUCCCUAUACUCGGCCAUAGCUAUUGUAGUGCCAGUGGGAAGCUUGCAGUCGAAGCAUGUGCAAGGGAAACCAGCCCUUAUUGCACUGACUGAGAGGAUAUUGAGGAUUGGAGAAAGAAGUUCAUCAGACACAACAUUCACGCUCGGAGUAUCUCGCACUGUACUGCAAAUAGCUAAAACUCUAGAAAAAGUUGAAGAUCGCGCCCUCGGUCUAGCGAUAGUGGACUCUCUGCUCGUACACAUAUGGUCGCAUUUAGAACACUACAUGGACAGCGUGCGCCACCUAGCGGCGCAAACGUUGACUUGCGUCGUGAAAUAUGGCAGCCGCUUGAGAAAAUUAGGUGACGACACAGCAAUAAACAACCUAUUCACCGCUCUGUCCACUCUAGACAGUACUAGAAAGAGUUACUAUGUGAUAUUAACUGCUUUGACAGAGGAGCUAGGUCCCAAACACUUGUUGGAGAAAAUAGACGGACUUAUUGCCUUGUUGAUCGACGCGUUGAACAUACAGGCUGUGCAGGCUAGUGCCACAGUAGCGCUAACCCGUCUCUCCCAACGCUGCUCAGACAGCCCCGACACUGUGUCUCUGUGGGUGGCACCUGUAAUACACUACGUGAGGACUCAGAAUGUGCACUCGCAAGUGUUGCGAGUUCUGGACGAGUUGCUGGUCAAUGUUGUGGGUUCUGACCCGGGGGUUAUGGAGUUUAUCAUAAGUCACAUAAAACAAACAGCAUCAUCGCAAACGCAACUACAGGGGGGCGAGCUAAAAUGCAUUCUAAUGCUAUUGUCUGUAGCUCGAAAGUCGGGUUACACCAGCCAAGCGUCCAAUAACAAUGAGAGUGAAUGGAAAGGCAUGAUACAUUAUGAUGUGUUAAAGCGAGCCGCUAUAGAUUCUUUGGAAGAGACUCGAAUACUAUCCCUAUCUCUAAUAGUGGAAUCUCCGAAGUCAACGGAGGUAUUUGCCCGCGGUGACUUUGAUUUCGUCCUGUACUAUCUCAAGUACAACAUCAACGCACAGUCGCCCAACUUCCGCCAGUUGACCCUGUCGUUUGUGAAAAAGUUCAUGAAACGCUUAGAAGAAAGCUACAAAGUUCUAAAGAGACAAAAGCCCACCGAGGACGAAACUAACAACAGUGACUAUUACUUACAUUUCUUUGAGCAACUUCGAAGGUUCUGCUUCGACAGCUUGUUGCAAGGUGCCAAUUACAGUAGGAAGUUUGUUGCCUUGCAGACACUUGUGUGGGGGGAACAACUCAAUUUUGACGGGUAUACAAGAUUAUGGACCGAAGACUAUGUAGAGAAGUUGCUGUUACGUUUAGAGGACAGCUAUGAGAACAACAAGUGCUACGCUUUGCAGAUACUCUGUAACUGUCCUGUUGAUUUACUUGAGGCAAAAAAGUACUCUAUAUCUCUAGAAAUAGAAGACAUAUUGCGACAGGCGUCGUGCGUGAAACCGACCGAGUGUGUAUCAGCCGCUUACAAACUAAAGUUGCUGAAUAAAAAACUACCUCAUAUAUUACUGCAAGGAAACGAGAGCGAAAUCCCGUCAGCAUCAACCUACGCUCUCCUCACAAUACUUCUUCACAAACUGCAUGAAGAGUUAGAAAUAGCCACAAAAUGCAUACUGACGGCCGCGGCUCAUGCACCCAUGUACGGACUACUGCACUGUAUAGCACACGUGGUGAAGGAUGUAGAUGCUGAUGCAAUAUCUUCAUCCCAGCAGUGGUCUGCCCUCAUAGCGGAUGUGAUAUCCACGUGCAUGCGAGUGACGGACUGCGCCGCGCCUAUUGUGAAUAACUCCUCGCCUGAAGGACAUCUGCCUAUGGACAGCGGUGUGAAGCUGGGCAGUGGCCAGGUGACGGCACAAAUGGUACUGCUUUGUGCGUGGAGAUCUGUUAAAGAGGUAUCCCUCCUCCUAGGCUCGAUCUCGUCCCGGCUCACGAUCGAGGGCGAGUCGCGUGACUCGACGGUGACUCACGCGCAGGUCGUCAGCAUCGGCCGACAUCUCACCACGCUACUGGCGGAGACCAAGCAUAGGGGGGCGUUUGAACAGGCGUAUGUGGGGUUUAAUAUGCUGCUUACUAGACUAUGGAGUUGUCGCAGUGAGUCCCUUCUCUCUCUCCCUGACUCCUGGUUGAGUGGCCUAAUGUCCGACAUCGCGGGAGGAGGAAGUGACAAGCUGUGUGCGACUAGAAGAAGCGCUGGAGUGCCUUAUAUUAUACAGGCACUAGUAACUACAGAACUUCAGGUCAACGGGCUCCCCAGGUGCUUCCACCGCUGCAUGGCGCGGCUGCUGGCGCUGGCGCACCUCGACCCACACCAGCCACACAACGCGGCGGAGGUUGAGACCAGAACGCACAGUCUCAACAUCCUGCGCGCACUGUUCCGCAACACGACUCUGGGCGAGGCGAGCGCCAGCUACGUGGGGGAGGGAUUGUUGACUGCUAUUAGAGGAUUCGAUGCUAACACUUGGCCGGAGCGCAACUCCUCCACGCUGCUAUUCAGCGCGCUCACAGUGCGCAUAUUCGGCGUGCAGCGCAGUAAGGACGGCGACAACCUGUGCGUGCGGAACAAGAUGACCGGACGCAUAUUUUUCCUCAGAUAUCCGCAGUUGUACGAUUUUAUGCUGAACAAACUCCAAGAAGCCAGUGAGGCCGCGGACUCGCGUCUCCUGAAGCCCUCACUGUACCCCGUGCUGCUGCUGCUGGCCAGGCUCUACCCCUCCUCGCUAGAGGGCACUGUGUCCAACUUGAAGCUAGUCUCCUUCAUCCCGCACGUGCUAUCCUGCGCCCGCAGCGCCGUGCUCAAGACCCGGCAACUGGCGGCUAAAGCGAUGCAGCCGCUGAUAUCACCCGAGCAGUACCCGGGCCAUGUGGUGAAGAUGUUUGAGGUGUUGGUCGGUGGAGGGGUCUGUAGGAACUAUUGUCAUGGGGUUCUGUUGCAGCUAAUCAAACAGCUAGACAGUAAACCAGACGGCCUUAUUCUGGAGCCCGAAACUGUCGCAAAACUAUCGCAAUAUGUCGAGGGCACAUUCUGGAUAUUGCACCAAGCGGUCAGUGGAGUGCCGUGCUAUGUGAUUGCAGACGAAUAUGUGAAGGUUAUCAACUUGAUAUUGUGGAAAUUUCCAAAGCUGAUAACUCAAGAAAUGCUAUCACACCUUGAAAGAUAUCUUCAACAGCUGAUAUUCGGUAAAAAUACAUCUGCCAUAACAUCCGGAAAAGACGUGUGCCUGGCCAACGCAGCGUAUUUAUAUUUCGUCAUACUAAACGAAUAUAAGCCAGAAGAUGUAUCGAAAAUAAUUAUUAAAACUUUGUCCCAUGACUCUUAUGAAGUAGUCUUGACAGUUUUGAACUAUUUGUUGGUUUUAUACGAUAAAUUUGAUGAAGAGAAUCAGUCCAAAUUCCUACAGCAUUUAUGUGAAACAUCAGAUAAAAUCGCCAUCUUGAAAGAUCUAAGGAAAGAUGAAGAAUACCUACAAAGCCUAUGUAGUGUUUUGAAGAACAACACAUACUUAGAAUGUAUUCAGAAAACCUUAAAAGUUCUAUCUUUAGAGGACGGCACACAAAGAAUGAUAGUAGCAAACGGUAGCCAAAUAUCUGAUGAUGAACUUAUAUCAGCCUUGGUUAAUCAUGUUGAAACAGGACACGAAAAUGUAACUUACAUAUACUUGGACAGUCUUCUGAAGUUCGUUCAUGAAAAACUGAAGUCUUCAAGCCUUAGUAAAGACAAAGUUCUAGACAUUAUCCGAGUUGUAUACGUUUGCAGUUCUUCAGAGAAUAAUGACGGUAUAAGGGAAGUGGUGGUACAAUUUCUGGAAAGGAACAUCAAGGAUUUGCUAGCAUUUAAAUUGGACGGGUUUAGUGCGGAAGAGAAGUACUCUUUUGCUUUUCCAGUCGAAUACAAAUCAACAAUACUAUCCACGUUGGUAACAUUUCUAGAAGACGACAGCGACAUAUUGAGGCAGAAAACUUCAGAUAUUGUCACAAAAAUAUCCUCAAACGAAGACCAGACUUCCACUGUCAUCCCGAGCAAGUCUGCUGAAAUUCUGAUGGAGUUGGAAGGGUUUGAUAUAAAAGAUGUGGAGGACAAGAUUGCCUUGUACUUAGUUCUGGCGCUGUUGGACUUUAAGUCUGAAGUUUGCAUGUCGGAUGAUGGGAAUGAAGAGUGUCGAGUAUUCGACCAAAACGAAAGAUACAACAUAUUCUUGGAGGAAACAAUAUGGACCAACGGGUGUGCUGAGAAAAUUAUCAACAUGUGUACGGAGUCCUUUGGGAAGAAAACUAAAGAUGUUUUCCGAAAUAUUCUUAGCAAUAGUGUCUAUAGAAACGUUAUUGAAAGACUUUGCAAUUUUAACUUUACCAAGUUCGAAGAAUUUUUCGAAACAAAUGACUUUGUUGAAGUAAAAGAUGACUUGCUGAAUCCGAAGAUAGGGUUAUUUGUAAAUAAACUACUACAGUAA